GUCCCCUCCCUCUUGAAACAGUAUCCCUUGGACCACUGAACCAUCCUUUCAAGUGUGCUCGCCUUGGUCAGCCUUUCCUUCAUUUUAACUUUGGGCCUGUUUCCUACCUAAGAGGUGUUCCCUCCCCCCCCCCCAGUUCCUUCCCCUCCCUGCCUUCAUUUCAGACACCCAGUUCUGCUGCCCACAGCUGCCUAUACUCAACAGCCAGGUCUCCACAAAACCACGGACAUUGCUUCGCAAAACCCCACCAUCUGGGUCUAGGGGUUAAGUGGCAGGAAGUAGCACGCAGACCCGGGGUUACAGCUAGAAAUUAGGAGCGGGAUUUUAGGUUCAUUUCCUGGCAACACAAAAAUAAAUUCGAAGAAAGUGGUACCGAGCAAUAGAGGUCUUACGCCGUUGAAGACGGACUGGAAGGGCUGCUGUACUGUGGCUUCUGACUUCGGUCCUUGGCCGGCUACUGGAGCAGCUCAAAGGAGUUCACCUCGUGGCCUGGCCCCGCCCUCACCUUUUGUGACGUAGCAGCCGCGUCUCCUGCCUCCUUCGCGCUAGCAGCCCGAGACCCACGCUCUCCGAGGCUCGGCCCGUUGGAGGUCGCUUUGUUGUGAAAACGCGGGUGGAUCUUCCCAGGCCAUGAUGAAACUAGCUGCUGGCUUCCUUCUGAUGCUUCUGGAAGUGCUACUCCUGCCUGAAACACCUCUUUCCGCUGAGGAACCUCCAGCCGCCACUCCAGGCAGCCCUCUCUCAUCCACUGAGUAUGAACGCUUCUUCGCCCUGCUGACCCCAACCUGGAAGGCAGAGACCACCUGCCGCCUCCGUGCCACCCACGGCUGCCGGAACCCCACUCUCGUUCAGUUGGAUCAAUAUGAAAACCACGGAUUGGUACCAGAUGGUGCCGUCUGCUCCGAUCUCCCAUAUGCUUCCUGGUUUGAGUCCUUCUGCCAGUUUGCUCAGUAUCGUUGCUCCAACCAUGUCUACUAUGCCAAGAGGGUCCGGUGCUCCCAGCCUGUCUCCAUCCUAUCCCCCAACACUCUCAAGGAGGUGGAGUCAGCAGAAGUUCCUCCCACUUCCAUGACCACCCCCAUUGUGUCCCAUGCAACAGCCACAGAACACCAGGCCUUCCAGCCGUGGCCUGAGCGGCUCAGCAACAACGUGGAGGAGCUGCUGCAGUCAUCCCUGUCCCUGGGGGGCAAGGACCGGCAGAGCAGCCGGAGGCCGGGCCAGGGGCCGCGCGAGCAGGAGCAGAUCCAAGAACGUAAGCUAGAAGAAGCACAGGAGCAAGAAGAGCAGGAAGAAGAGGAAGAGGAGGAGGAGGAAGCUAAGCAGGAAGAGGGGCAGGGGACAGAGGAGGGGCUGCAGUCAGUCUCGGAGCCCAAGUUUCCUACCCAGUCACUGUCCUCCAACCCCUCCUUCUUCACUCCCCGGGUCCGAGAGGUGGAGUCUGCUCCGUUGAUGAUGGCGAAUAUCCAGGAGCUCAUUCGGUCUGCCCAGAAAAUGGAUGAAAUGAAUGAACUGUACGAUGACUCCUGGAGAAGCCAAAGCACUGGCAGCCUCCAGCAGCUGCCCCACACGGAGACCCUGAUGGUGCUAUGCUAUUCCAUUAUGGAGAAUACCUGCACCAUGACUCCCACAGCCAAGGCCUGGAGCUACAUGGAGGAGGAGAUCCUUGGCUUCGGGGAUUCGGUGUGUGACAAUCUCGGACGGCGACACACAGCUGCCUGUCCCCUCUGUGCGUUCUGCUCCCUGAAGCUGGAGCAGUGUCACAGUGAAGUGAGUGUGCUGCGCCAGGAGUGUGACGCUUCCCACAAGAUCCCCUUCAUCAGCCCCUUGCUCUCAGCCCAGAGCGUAUCCACCGGCAACCAGGCGAGGAUCCCAGAAAAAGGUCGCUUUGCUGGGUUAGAAAUGUACGGAGGACUCGGCUCAGAGUUCUGGUGCAACCGGCUUGCCAUGAAGGGCUGUGAAGAUGACCGAGUCUCCAACUGGCUCAAGGCUGAGUUCCUUAGCUUCCAGGAGGGGGAUCUCCCCACGAAGAUUUGUGACACAAACUAUAUCCAGUACCCAAACUACUGUUCCUUCAAAAGCCAGCAGUGCCUGUUGAGAAACCAGAACAGAAAGAUGUCCCGCAUGAAGUGUAUGCUGAAUGAGAAGUACAACGUGCUGAGCCCGGCAAAGAGCGAGGAGGUGAUCCUUCGAUGGAGCCAAGAGUUUAACACUUUGACUAUAGGCCAGUUUGGAUGAGCUGAGGUCUGUGUCCCCCCAGCCCCAGCUCAACCUUGCUCCAUCGCUCUCAGAUUACAUCUGUCAGUUGGCUUCCAGGUGCCCCUCACAGGGCCUCCUACCUGGCCCCUACUUGCAUUUUCUUUGGGUUGGGAGAACAGUCCCAGAGAGGUGCAUGAUGGGAGCUGCGAGUGCCUUGAAGAAUACCUUCAAAUAAAACGUUAUCUG